AUGGCUCCUGCUCUUGCCCUUCUGCUUGCCACCACUUCCCUCUUCUGCUUAUCCUCUCUGCUUUUAGUACCAAGAGCUGUAGUAGCACAUGAUAUUCUACCAUUACGAUCCUCUCUAACCGUCGAAGCCUUCCAAACCGACAUACUGCAGUCGCCAGAUGGCACCUUCUCCUGCGGCUUCUACAACAUCUACACCAACGCCUUCACAUUUUCGAUAUGGUACUCCAAGGCGGCAGACAAAACCGUCGUGUGGAGUGCAAAUCGCGACCGCCCUGUCCAUGCCAAAAGGGCAGCCUUCACCUUGCAGAAGGAUGGCAACAUGGUCCUCAAAGAUUAUGAUGGCGCGCUUGUGUGGCAAGCUGGUGGCAACUUCACAAAUGUUCAGCAUGCUCAGCUGUUGAAUACUGGCAAUUUCAUCUUGAAGAAUACCGAUGGUAAGAUACUGUGGCAAAGUUUUGAUUCGCCCACAGACACUUUCCUGCCAACUCAGCCCAUCACCGUUUCUACAAAGUUAGUGUGUACAACCCAAUCACGUGCUCCUGGUAACUACAUCUUCCGUUUCAGUGAUGUUUCAAUAUUGUCACUUAUAUAUGAGAUUCCUCAAGUUUCGGAUAUAUACUGGCCAGACCCUGAUCAUUCUCUCUUUCAGAAUAAUAGAAACCAAUAUAACAAUACUAGGUUGGGGAUUUUGGAGAUUGACGGGAGUUUUGGGUCGAGUGAUUUUGCCGAUGGUCGGCUACUUGUGGCCUCUGAUGCAGGGCCAGGGAUUAAGAGAAGGCUAACUCUAGAUCCCGAUGGUAAUCUCCGGUUGUACAGCUUGAAUGACUCAGAUGGGUCAUGGUCAGUUUCAAUGGUAGCAAUGUCCCAACCUUGCAACAUCCAUGGCAUAUGUGGUCCUAAUGGAAUAUGUCACUACUCACCUAAACCUACAUGUUCAUGUGCACCAGGCUAUGUGAUGAGCAACCCGGGUAAUUGGACUGAAGGCUGCAGGGCUAUUGUCAACAUAACAUGUGAUCAUCAGGAACCUAUGAAGUUUGUGAAACUCAAGAACACAGAUUUUUGGGGCUCUGAUCAGAAACAUAUGUUCUCAGUUUCUUUUCAUGCUUGUAGGGAUAUCUGCAUGGGCGACUGCACCUGCAAAGGCUUUCAGUACAAGGAAGGUGACGGGUUAUGCUAUACGAAAGCUAGCCUUUUCAGUGGAUGGACCUACCCAAUAAACGAUCCGCGAACAAUAUAUCUCAAGCUUCCUGCAAGGGUGAAUGUUUCAGAUACAGCUUUUCCUCGCUCUGACGUGUUUGAUUCUGCACCACCUCAUCUUGACUGUAGCCAGAUGAACAUACCACCAAUUCUACAAGUGCAUAACAGUAACACUGGUGCAGAAGAACCAAAAUGGAUCUACUUCUAUGGUUUCAUAGCUGCAUUUUUUGUUGUUGAAGUUUCCUUUAUAGCAUUCGCAUGGUUCUUUGUUUUGAGAAGAGAGCUUAGGCCAUCAGAAGUAUGGGCGGCCGAGGAAGAAUACAAGGUGAUGACUAGUCAUUUUAGAAGAUACAGCUAUAGAGAACUUGUGAAGGCGACAAUGGAUUUCAAGGUUGAGCUAGGAAGGGGAAGCUCCGGCGUGGUGUACAAAGGUGUCUUAGAAGAUGAAAGGCCAGUUGCUCUGAAGAUGCUGGAGCAUAUAAGUCGGGGCAAAGAAGAGUUCCAAGCUGAAUUGAGUGUGAUUGCUAGGAUUUACCACAUGAAUCUGGUGAGAAUAUGGGGGUUUUGUUCGGAAGGAUCCCACCGGCUGUUGGUUUGCGAAUAUGUCGAGAAUGGCUCACUGGCUAGCAUUUUGUUCAGUGACAACAUCUUGCUGGACUGGAAGCAACGGUUCAACAUCGCAUUAGGUGUUGCGAAAAGGUUGGCCUAUCUUCACCAUGAGUGCCUAGAAUGGGUCAUCCACUGCGAUGUGAAACCCGAGAAUAUACUCUUGGACCAAAACUUCGAGCCUAAGAUCACCGACUUUGGUUUGGCAAAGUUACUAAACCGAGGUGGGUCCAACCAGAACACAUCUCAUGUGCGAGGAACAACGGGCUACAUUGCUCCCGAGUGGAUCUCCGGCCGCCCUAUCACGUCGAAAGUCGAUGUGUAUAGCUAUGGGAUCGUGCUUCUUGAGCUUCUAUCUGGAAGCAGAGUAUCGGAGUUGACCGUCGGUUCAGAUGCAGAGGUGCACACGGUGCUCAGGAAGCUUGUCACCAUGCUUGCAGAUAAACUGGAAGGAGGUGAUGAUUCUUGGAUUGAUGAAUUUGUGGAUUGCAAAUUGGGUGGGCAAUUCAGCUAUGUGCAGGCUAGAACGAUGAUCAAAUUGGUCGUUUCUUGUUUGGAGGAAGAUACAAGAAAGAGGUCGACCAUGGAAUCUGUUGUUCAGACUCUCCUAUCAUUAGAUGAAGAUGAUAAGUAG